CUGAGAUGAACAAACAGGAAAAGGCUGGGAAAUUUACGCCCAGCGUUCACUGAUGUUCGGCGCUGAUCGCCUACUUUGUCAUAUAAAACCAUACCCUCAAGAUCAUACUGAAACUGUCACUUUGUUGUCUCCAGCUUUUUGAAAUAGCCUAUCCACUUAAUUGCAAAGACUGGACCCCACUUAAUCCUCAUUUCCCCAAUCACUCCAUCAUAAUGUCCGUCAAGGGCCGCAUUGCCAUCGUUACUGGAGCAGGAGGAGGUCUCGGGCGUGAAUAUGCCCUCUUGCUCGGAAAGCUUGGAGCCAAAGUCGUAGUGAACGACUACGGCGGUUCACUCGAAGGACAAGCUGGAACCAUUUCAAGAGCCCAAUCAGUGGCAGAUGAGAUCAGAGCGGCCGGCGGCAGUGCUAUUGCCGACGGGCACGACGUCUCUAUCCAGACCCAGGCUCAAGCAAUCGUCGCCGAUUGCCUUGCUGAGUACGGCCGUGUUGAUAUCCUCGUCAACAAUGCCGGUAUCUCGGGAAAGCCAAGCUCUCACGCAGCACUAGAUGCACCGGCUUUCAUGAGGGUUAUUGAGAUUGGGGUCCUAGGAACGCAGCUCAUGACAAGUGCUGUUUGGUCUGUGAUGGAGAAGCAACGACACGGUCGAAUCGUCAACGUAUCUUCAGAUGCCAUCAUUGGAUUCGGCGCUGGCGGCGACUGCGCCUACUCAGCUUCCAAAGGCGCAGUAUUUGCGAUAACACAAGAUCUUGGACGGUUCUCGCCGUCCUGCGGAAUCAAGCUCAACGCCAUCUUGCCUUCGGGCGCAUCACGAAUGGGAGAUCUCUCCGAGGCCUCAAAGAUGAUCACACAGACGUACUUCGAAACCAGCAAAUGCGCACCUUUGCUUGUUGCCUUGUGUGCUGACGAGUGCCCUGUUUCCGGGGCUUGUAUCGCUACGGGAGCUGGAAGGGCUGCUCGUGUUGCACUGGCGACGUUUCCUGGACAUACAAAUGAAUCGACAGCCGAGGGGUUUCUGGAGAAUUGGGAUAAGGUUAUGGGUGAUGAGAAAGAUGUUUACAUUCCUAAGGAUACUUUGGACCAUGUACGUUAUGGAGUUCGGUUGGCCUCUGGACUAGAGGUGCCUGAGUUGCCAUCACUAGGAAUCAUACCAACCACUAGCAAACACCUAUGAUAGUUAAUUAGACUUGAAGCAUGACAAUUCAAUAUAGCAUUUGCCUAUUCA